AUGGCAGAGCGCGCGAAGCAGAUCUCGGCCCACCUCAACUACCCCAAGGGCAUGUUCCCGGGCCAGACUGCCAUCAUCACCGGCUCUGGCCAGGGCAUUGGCGCCGAGUGCGCGAGACUCUUCGCCAACGAGGGCGCACUCGUCGUCGUAUCGGACAUCGACAAGACAAAGUCCGACGAGACAGCCGACAAGAUCAACAAGGCUGGCGGCACGGCCAUUUCCGUGCCCGGCGACAUCCUCGACGACAACUACAUCAACGGCCUCGUGAAGAAGGCGGCAGAGUUUGGCGGCGGCAAGAUCCAUGUCAUCGUCAACAAUGCUGGUUUCACGUGGGACGCUGUGAUCCACAAGAUCACAGACAAGCAAUGGGACACCAUUGUCGCCCUGCACAACACCGCGCCGUUCAAGCUCAUCCGAGCCGCUGCACCCUACUUCCGCGUCAGGGACGGUGAACCACGAAGCAUCGUCAACAUCUCAUCCACCUCUGGUCUGCACGGCAAUGCAGGUCAAGCCAACUACGCCCUCGCCAAAGCCGGUGUGACGGGCUUGACCAAGGCAAUCGCGAAGGAGUGGGGACCGCAGUUUGCUGUACGAGCCAACACUGUAGCCUUUGGCCACAUCCAGACCCGCUUGACGGCAGCGAAAGAGGGGGGCGCCUUCGUGACAGCUCCAGAUGGCAGCAAGAUCGCAUUGGGCAUCCCUCAGAAGCAGAUCGAAUCGAGACAAAGCUAUGCGGACAUCCCGUUGGGUCGCCCAGGCACAGCGACCGAGGCCGCCUCCGCUGUCAUGGCGGUCUGCAGUCCUAUGUUCAGCUACAUCACAGGCCAGACGCUCAGUGUUACCGGAGGGAGGAACAUCGCGCUUUCGGAGUAUCGUCCGUUUAUCUUCCAACAUGUCAAAGGCAUGGGAUGGAUGGCCAAGGCCGACGACCUCAUUCAAAGUGUGGUACCGACCAUUCUCGACGACGAUGUUGAUAUGCACCACAAGUACUCCCUGCAAGUGCAGAAGCUUGAGGAUGAAGCCAGAGAAGCAACGGAAUCAAGUCAAUCGGGCCCGAGCCAAGUGGACGUGCACCAAUGGCAAGCAUCACAGCAGUCCCACUCAUCGCAGUCGCAGUCCACGGGCCCAGGGACACCACACUACACAAGCCAUCCCGCAACGCACAGCCGGCCAAUAUCAGAUGUACCCCAUGGACCGCCGCGGUCCGAAGAGUCCAAUGUCAUCUACACGAUCCCUUCCUCCUCCUUCCGAUCCACGAACUUCAAGCAGUAUCGCAGCAACUGCUCUACUGUCGAGCUGCUCCUGAGAAUGCGAGAUCUCUGCGUACCGGAUGAGUUCUGGAAAGUGAACGACGCCUAUGCUGAGACUUUGGUCUCGGCUCUGGAUGCACCCUCUCGGCUUCGGCCUUCCUCGACAAGCCAUUCCUUACCUACUGAAGCUACUGCACGACGUCUAGUUGAGCUUGCGUUUAAGGAGUCAUUCCAUAUGUGGCCGUUCGUGAGCCCUGAUGUGAUACGAUCCAACCUCGAUCUACUCUACCAACGAAAUGGCUUUCGACCCGAGCAAGCUCAGCCUGACGAGGUUGCACUCACUUGGGCCUUGCUAGCACUUGGCCAGUGUUACGAAUCCCGUUCGCCGUCUACGACGGCUACACUCGCAGUGCAACAGCACGCCCAAAGCAUGGCCUAUCUCGCGAACGCGAGCCGUAUGAUCAAUGAUCAAGCAUAUGGCCGGGCUCUGGCGAGCGUACAGACGGCAAUGUGCAUCGCACAAUGGCUCAAAGUCGGGAAUUGUAUAUCUGCCAGCCAUGGAUAUCUGAGCAUCGCUGUGUCAGCCGCUCUGCGCCUUGGUCUACAUGAUUUCGAUGCCAUGUCCCACUUGUCGCCCGACGAAAAAAAGUGGUCCGAACGGAGUAUCGCGGCUUUGACAGCUAUGGACACUCUGACCAGUAUUUCUCUUGGACUGCCUCCUAUACUCGCGGCUUCUGUCAACGGCGCGAUCCUUCACGAAGAUCCUGGCAUUGCCCUUCCGACGCAUCAAGCACACCAUGAGGUGACCGAAAUCCCGCGUCGAUACUUUGAGCCCUGUUUUUUGAGCCCAUCUUUCAAGAACGGCACCAUCUACCAGCUGCCACAGCAGAGGGUCGACUCUGUUACCGAGGAACUGGAAGGGUGGAAGUUGAGGCUGGGAGACCUAUUCAACACUUAUGACGGCACCCUAACCCCUAGACUCGUGGUUGAGCUGUCCUACUUCUUCAUACAGCUAAUCGUCUACUGCCCUUUCGUCCACUAUUUUGGCGCCAACGGUGAUACGGCGACGACACACUACGCAACAAAGGGGGUGGAGGCUGCACUCCAGACAGUUCUCAUCGCAGAAGAGCUACAGAGACGCAAAAUUCCGAUCGCAGUUCACCCAUUUGCAAUCGAUGCCGUAAUCCUCGCCACGACGGCUUUGCUACUAUCUGAGGUCAAGACCAGGAAUCGAAGUCGAGGGACGAUUGAUACAUCCACCAGCAAGAUGAAGCAAGACGCACUGAAGAUGGCCGCCAUCAAUACCAACCAGAAUGUUCUGCCGCCCGUGUCCGACCUCCUCCGGUUCGACGAGAGCAAGAAGUUGAUGCCGUGGCGGGCUGCUUUUGGUGCCACAUCGCUGUCGCCAUUCUCAGCCGCCUCUCGGAAUAUCGACACUAAUAUGCCUGAUGUUUCAGCCAGCGCUACACCUUCCGACGACAAGACACCAGCUCGAUGA